AUGAAAGAAGAAGGAUUUGAUAUAAUGAAAUCAGGAGAUGCACGUAUUGCUUUAAUUGGUUUUCCAUCUGUUGGAAAAUCGACAGCGGUAACGAAAACAGCUAGCACAUCGGCUGCAUAUGAACUUACCACUUUGACAUGUGUUAUCGAAUGUAAUGGAGCUGAAGUUUGCUUUUUCUCCUUAUUAUUUCCAGUUAUACAUGAUUGUGACAGUUAUUCAAUUUUUUGUUCACGGAAAGGUCAUGGUCGGCAAGUUUUUGCCGUGGUACGGACAUCUGACAUGGUUUUAAUGAUGCUUGAUGCAACAAAAGGAGAAGUACAAAAAGAAAUAUUAGAAGCUGAAUUAGAGUCUGUUGGUUUUCGAUUGAAUAAGAAAAAACCAGAUAUUUAUUUUAAAAAGACAAGAAAAGUAUUAUUUCGUGAAGAUUGUACACCUGAUGAAUUUAUUGAUGUUGUUGUUGGUCGAAGAGCCUAUAUGCCAUGUUUAUAUAUAUCAAUUGAAGAAGUUGAUAGAUUAGCUCAUUUACCUAAUUCAGUUGUUAUAAGUUGUAAUAUGAAAUUGAAUAUUGAGUAUAUGCUUGAAACAAUAUGGACACUAUUAAACUUAAUUCGUAUUUACACAAAAAAACGCGGUGAAAAACCCGAUUUUUAUGGUGGUUUAAUUAUGUGCAAUGGUGUCCCAGUUGAUUUUGUUCGUCGUCCUGUACAUCGUAUACUUGUUGAACAAUUCAAAUAUGCGUCAGUUGAUAUUCAUACACAGUACGGUUAUGUCCGAGGAACAUCGUACAGUGUAGAUUCGUGGUAUCCCAAAUAUGUGUCCGUCUUUCUAGGUAUUCCAUAUGCGAGACCACCAAUGGGCAUUCAUCGUUUUCAGCCCCCAUUUCCACCUGAUACGUGGGAAAAUCGAAUAAUUUACGAUGCUACAUAUUUUCGUUCUUCAUGUUUACAACCAUUCUCCGAACAAGAAAAAAUUCGUCAACAUAUUCCUAAUUUUCCACCAUCAAAUUUCAGUGAAGAUUGUCUUUAUCUCAAUAUAUUUGCACCAAAUCGUACAGAUCGUUAUAUGCCAAAGUUGCCUGUUCUUGUUUUCGUUCAUGGUGGAGAUUUCAUCGGUGGAUCAUCUCAAUUGUACAACGGAUUUGUUCUAGCACAACGUGAUGCUGUUGUUGUUACUUUUAACUAUCGACUAGGACCAUUAGGAUUUUUGACUACAAAUACAAUGAAUGGACGUGGGAACUAUGGUUUAUUCGAUCAACGUUUUGCAUUGAAAUUUGUCUACGACAAUAUUCGAGAGUUUAACGGCGAUCCGGAAAAUAUAACAGUGAUUGGUCAUGAAGCUGGUGCGGCGAGUGUUGGACUUCAUUUACUUAGUCAAGAUCAGCCGUUAUAUUUUCGACGCGCUGUUCUUAUGAGUGGAUCUGAUUUAUGUAAAACAUCUUAUCUUCGUGAUGAACAUUUUCCUUUGGAAAUGGCUCGAGCACUAGCGCGUCGUGUUAGCUGUUAUGAUCGUAAUGCAAAUGCAAUGAUUGAGUGUUUAAGGCAAAGAGAUCCACAUAGUCUUAUUAACGCACAAGUUCCAUUUCCAUAUGAAUAUGGUGGCCAUCCGUGGCGACCUACAAUUGAUUAUAAUACAGAUGAUGUGCUGAAACCUAUAUUUCAAAGUAAACCCAUUGAAUUACGACGUCUUGGUCUAUUUGCAAACGUAUCAGUUAUGAUUGGUACAACAUCAGAUGAAUCAGCUGAAUAUAUUGCACAACAAAUGAAUUCAUAUACCAUUGAAAAUGGUUUAUCAAAACAUGAUUUUGAUCAAUAUAUUAAUUCAUAUACUAAUAAACUUGUUCAAGAUUAUUAUUCAUUUGAACGUCAAAAAUUUACGUAUGAAUACGUUGAAUCUGAAUAUAUAUUACCAAUGGGCGAAAAUUAUUUAGACGAAGAAACAAUAGCAAAUUCUCUUCGAUAUCGAUAUACAUUUUGGCCACAGCCUGAUAAUAGAACAAUGAUUCGUCAACGUUUGAUCGAUUUACAUUCUGAUUUUCGAACGACAUCUUGUGUGGCGGAUGCUGCACGUUUUCAUGCUAUUAAAACGUGGAAUUCAAGCUAUGAAUAUGUUUUCUCUUAUCAUUCAUUAACAAGUUUUUAUCCCCAAUGGAUGGGUGCACCAGCGGGUUAUGAACUCUAUUAUUUAUUUGGCGUACCUUUUUUUAACGAUUCUAUUUUUAUGCCAUGGUACGGUUAUCAAAAACGACAGUUGUACACAUUUGUUGAUGAAGAAAUGAGUAAUUAUACAAUGCACUUGUUUGUUAAUUUUGCUCGUUACGGAGAUCCAACACCUGGCGGCUUUUUGCGUGAAUAUACUCCGGUAUCAUUGCAAAAUCCGUCUAAUCCAUAUCAGUUUGGUUAUGCUAGACGUUUACAAGUUGGCUGGUCACCGAUGCUUGUGAAUAAUAUGACAUAUUUAGAUAUCGAUUAUCGACCAAUGGUAAAAACUAAUUAUCGUUUUGACGAAGCUGGCUUUUGGUCUGAUUAUUGGCCAAUGUUAUGGAAGAAACGUAUUACUCCUAUUCCUACACCCUAUUUCAAAGGUGCUAUUAUGAAUCAUAAAGAUACGACAAUUGUCAUGUGGAUAUUAGUUGCUGUUGAUGAAACCUCGAAUGUUAGAGAAACUGAACAACUCUCACCGGCUGAAAGAUAUUUAUCUUGGAAAUAUGAUGGCGUAGAGGUCAAAGAAGAUUUUAUUGGUUUCAUUCCUCUUCAUGCUGCUGGUAUAUCCGACAAAAUUAUGGAAUUUAUACGUGCUGCUGGUCUCGAUUUAUUUUAUUUAAGAGAUACGAAAUGUAGUAAGUUAGUCAUUCGUUCUGUCGAUAAAAUGCGUAGUUUAUGUACAUUUAGAUCUCAUUCAAUUGAAUUUCAAUAUGAUAAACUUAAACUCGAUGAAUUACAAAAUGACCUUAAACAAUUUUCUCGUGAUAAUAAUGUUGAAUUAAAAAUAUCAAGAACUAGUAAACAUAAAACAGUUGAAUUAUAUUUAAAACAUAUUUAUGAAACAUUCAUACAAACAACUCUCGAUCAAUUAUCGUACAGAUUUAGUGAACAUCAAAAAAUAGUAGUGAAAAUAAUGACCUUAAUUCCAGUUUAUGUGGUAGAUCGAACAGUCUAUACGAUAUUAAAAAUUCGUUGA